AUGCGGCCGACGCCCCUCCUGCGGCUGGCGCUGCUUCUGGUCCUGCCCAGCAGCCUCUGGGGGGAGAGGUGUCCGUCUCCGCCCUGCGAAUGCCGCCAGGAGGACGACUUCAGAGUCACCUGCAAGGACAUCCAGCGCAUCCCUAGCUUACCCCCCAGCACGCAGACCCUGAAGUUUAUAGAGACUCAUCUGAAAACCAUUCCCAGUCGUGCGUUCUCAAAUCUGCCCAAUAUUUCCAGGAUCUACUUGUCAAUAGAUGCGACUCUGCAGCAACUGGAAUCACAUUCCUUCUACAAUUUAAGUAAAGUGACUCACAUAGAGAUUCGGAAUACCAGAAGUUUAACUUACAUAGACUCUGGCGCCCUAAAAGAGCUCCCCCUUCUAAAGUUCCUUGGCAUUUUCAACACUGGACUUAGAGUAUUCCCCGACCUGACCAAAAUCUAUUCCACUGAUGUAUUCUUCAUACUUGAAAUUACAGACAACCCAUACAUGACUUCAGUCCCUGCGAAUGCUUUUCAGGGCCUGAGCAACGAAACCUUGACACUAAAGCUAUACAACAAUGGCUUUACUUCAAUCCAAGGACAUGCUUUCAACGGGACAAAGCUGGAUGCUGUUUACCUGAACAAGAAUAAAUACCUGACAGUUAUUGACCAAGAUGCAUUUGCAGGAGUUUAUAGUGGACCAACUUUGCUGGACAUUUCUUAUACCAGUGUCACUGCCCUACCAUCCAAAGGCCUGGAACACCUGAAGGAAUUGAUAGCAAGAAACACUUGGACUCUAAAGAAACUUCCUCUUUCCUUGAGUUUCCUUCACCUCACACGGGCUGACCUUUCUUAUCCGAGCCACUGCUGUGCUUUUAAGAAUCAGAAGAAUAUCAGAGGAAUCCUUCAGUCUUUAAUGUGUAAUGAGAGCAGUAUUUGGGGCCUGCGUCAGAGAAAAUCCGCGAGUGCUUUGAAUGGUCCCUUCUACCAGGAAUAUGAAGAGGAUCUGGGUGAUGGCAGUGCUGGGUACAAGGAGAACUCCAAGUUCCAAGAUACCCACAGCAACUCUCAUUACUAUGUCUUCUUUGAGGAUCAAGAAGAUGAGAUCAUCGGUUUUGGCCAAGAGCUCAAAAACCCCCAGGAGGAGACCCUGCAGGCCUUUGACAGCCAUUACGACUAUACCGUGUGCGGGGGGAGUGAGGAGAUGGUGUGUACCCCCAAGUCGGAUGAGUUCAACCCCUGUGAGGACAUCAUGGGCUACAAGUUCCUGAGAAUUGUGGUGUGGUUUGUGAGUCUGCUGGCUCUCCUGGGCAACAUCUUCGUCCUGGUCAUCCUCCUCACGAGCCACUACAAGCUGACCGUCCCACGCUUCCUCAUGUGCAACCUGGCCUUUGCAGACUUCUGCAUGGGGUUGUAUCUGCUCCUCAUCGCCUCCGUAGACCUCUACACUCAGUCCGAGUACUACAACCAUGCCAUCGACUGGCAGACAGGCCCUGGCUGCAACACAGCUGGCUUCUUCACUGUCUUUGCCAGCGAGUUGUCCGUGUACACGCUGACGGUCAUCACCUUGGAGCGCUGGUACGCCAUCACCUUUGCCAUGCACCUGGACCGCAAGAUCCGCCUCUGGCACGCCUACGUCAUCAUGCUGGGGGGCUGGGUCUGCUGCUUCCUGCUUGCCCUUCUCCCUUUGGUGGGAAUAAGCAGCUAUGCCAAGGUCAGCAUCUGCCUGCCCAUGGACACCGAGACUCCUCUUGCCCUGGCGUACAUUAUCCUUGUGCUGUUACUCAACAUCAUUGCCUUUAUCAUCGUCUGUGCCUGUUACGUGAAGAUCUACAUCACAGUCCGAAAUCCCCACUACAACCCGGGCGACAAAGAUACCAGAAUUGCCAAAAGGAUGGCUGUGUUGAUCUUCACUGACUUCAUGUGCAUGGCCCCAAUCUCUUUCUAUGCUCUGUCAGCCCUUAUGAACAAGCCUCUCAUCACCGUUACCAAUUCCAAAAUCUUGCUGGUCCUCUUCUACCCACUUAACUCUUGUGCCAAUCCAUUCCUCUAUGCCAUUUUCACCAAAGCCUUCCAGAGGGAUGUGUUUAUGCUGCUCAGCAAGUUUGGCAUCUGUAAACGCCAGGCUCAGGCAUACCGGGGUCAGAGAGUUUCUCCAAAGAACAGCACCGGUAUUCGGGUCCAAAACGUUUCCCCAGAUGUGAGGCAGAGUCUCCCCAAUGUGCAGGAUGACUAUGAACUGCUUGAAAACUCUCAUCUAACCCCAAAGCAGCAGGACCAAACCUCAAAAGAGUAUAAGCAAACAGUUUUGUAA